AAGCGAACCGAAUUGGAAAAUAUAUGACCACGCGCGUAUUUUCCUCCGCCGUGAUUAACUCUGCUCAUCAUACUUGGCACUGCCAUACGAUAUGCGUAACGUUACAAAUGCGUCGGGCAGAGCUAAGCAGAAGCAUAUGUUUUUUGGAGGAUUAAAGUAAUGGGAUGUUACGAAGGCAGGCAUGGUGAGGAAAAAAUACUGCUGAAGUGACUGACCGAUUUGCACAAUUGGGAAGGAAAAAUAAAAAAAAAUAAAUAUAUCGAAAUUUUUUAAAAAAAUAAAAUGAAUAAAGCGUGAGGAGUUUUCCCAGUUCGUUUUGCUUCAUUUUACAUUUUUUUUUCUUCCACCACGAGUUCCCAUUUUUACGUUCUUUAUUUGUCAUAAAAAGAGGGGAAGGCUUGGCCAAACAUCUUAACAUCGCAAAGGGGCAAAUGAAUGGGAGGAGAACCUUUUAAGUGGCUCGAAUUGGCAGUUUGUUUACCUCCACCGCUGCCUCUUUCAUUUUGUAGAGUUUUUUUGCCCCUCAUUUUCUGAUUCCUUUGUGGUGUUUUGAAGGGGGUCCAUUUUUGUGCAGAUCGCAGCCACAUAUAGGGAGAAAAAACAGCGUCCUUUAGUAGAGUGCUCCGGGGGAGAAUACAUACACACGCUUAUCCAAGUCAACGUGCAUUUAUUACCGCUUCUGCGCCUUUUGUGAGCCCGAUCGAGUGCGUCCCCACAUGCGCCUUCGGUGGAGAAAGCUAAAAGUGGUAUGGUCAAGAGGAAACGCGAAAAGAGGGUGCAUAUGCUACUCUGCAUAAGCGGAAGGAUUUAUCCGGUUGGCAGUUUAGCGGUUUAGCGGCUUAGCCGGUUGGUCGUUAAACCGAUAAGCGGUUUAUCCGAUUAGCGCAACCCCCCCAGGGGAAGCAACUCCCGGGAGAAGAUCCCCCCCCCCGCAAGAAGGGAAAAAAAGAAGAAAGAAAAAACUGCGCAGAAUGGAAUUCUUCGAGUGGAAAGAAGAUAACAUAAACAUUGACGAAGAAACGAAAAAGACACUAAACAAAAGUAUCGUAAAAUCGGAAGAUGUGUACAACGUAAGUGAACUGCUUAAACGCUUUCGCGCACUUAAAUUUGACAAUUUAAAUUAUCACUCGGAUAAGUGCAUUUUGGCAAGAGAGUGCGCGCUGAUUUACAUACUGACGUAUAAGAAGCACAUCGAAUCGUUGAAAGAGGAAAAUAUACACCUCGUAGUGAGAAGCAUAAAAAGGUCCAUCGUGAGCGUCAAUAACAUAAUUAGCAAUAUUACGGAGCAAAUCUUAAAAUGCUUUACCAUUUCGAGGAAUCUAUAUAAUGACAUUCUGAAGUUGAAUAAUGUGUACUUAGCAGAUUAUUGCUUAUUUUCAAUAAUCGAUGGCAUUUUGGGAAAUUUAAAUGACGAAAAGAUUCACCAGUCGAAACCCUCCCUUUGGGGAAUGGCAGGAUUUCUAGCGCUGAUCAUUUCGAAUUACAAAAAGGCCUAUUUUAUGUAUAAAGGAAUAAUUUCAUACAAGUGUAUAUUCACCAUUCCUAUCUUUUUAGAAGAAUCUCCAGAGCUGAAAAAAAUGGCCAAAACUGAGCUGUACAAUAUUAUACUUAAAGAAAAUGAUGAAAAUAUUUAUUCCUAUUUUUCACGCUUCGAAGCGUAUACAAAAUUACAUCUUUCCAUUUUUAUAAUUUUAAAUGACACCAGAGAGGUGUGGAGUUACAUAUCUGAGCUGUUCAACAGUGCGUAUAGGAGAAAAAAAUACAUAUACUUUUGCCUAAUUUAUUCUGCCCUAGACGUUUCGUCGCACUAUUGCAAAAUAACCUUUGCUAGCCAUUUUGAGAAGUUAAUGCGGUUAUUGAAAACGAAGCUCAUGCCCCUUUUGGAGGAGGAAUUGAAAAAGAAGCCGCCCCCCUCCAGUGAUGAAAAGGUUGUGCAGUACUAUAUUAAGAAGCUGCACGUGGAGCAUUUGAACAACUUGUCGAAUUCGUCUUUGCCCGAGGGGGUGGUCGUCCUUCCCGAUGAGAAAUUGCUGUACAUGGGUUUGGGGCCAUAG